AUAUCCUCUUCCUCUUCUUCUUUCUUCUCUCUUCUUCUCUGAUUCUCAGGAGUCAAAAAUUUGGGAGUAUAUAUCAAUCAGAAAUUCCCUUUUGUCUAAAUUCACUUCUCGUCCAAUUCAAUUAAUCUUCUCCUUCUUCUUCUUCUUUAUAAAGAUAGAAAGGAAAAGAAUUUCUUGCUGGGUUUUUAAGUAUUGUCGGUUGAUUGAAUCUUCUUUAUAAAUUUAUUUUUAUUUUUAUUUUUUUCCGGGGAGAAAAAAGUGCCAAUUUGUCCACUUGAUAAGAAAAUCCCAAUUUGUUAUAAGAUUCCUAGAUAACAGAGAAUUUCAGACUCUAAUUUUCAUUUCUAAACCCAACCCUCUUCUCCUUCUUCAUCGAACAGGGACAAUUUGGAAGAAGAAGAAGAAGAUAGAUUAUGAUUGAUUGGAAUGAAGAGAUUGAAGUGUUUUAAGUACGGCGGUUAGUUAAUUUGGAUCAAUUUCGGCGAAGAUAAUUUGAUUUGAAUUGAAUUGAAGAUAAGAACUUUGGGGGUUAAAAUUUGAGAGAAUUUCAUCAUCAUGAGAGCUGGAUUAAGUACAAUUCAACAAACCCUAACACCAGAAGCAGCGAGUGUAUUAAACCACUCGAUAGCAGAAGCAGCAAGAAGAAAUCAUGGACAGACAACACCUCUACAUGUUGCAGCAACAUUAUUAUCAUCACCAACUGGUUAUUUACGACAAGCUUGUAUUCGAUCUCAUCCGAAUUCAUCACAUCCACUUCAAUGUCGAGCGCUCGAGCUUUGUUUCAGUGUUGCACUUGAAAGACUUCCAUCAGCUCAGAAUUCAUCACCUGGAGGACUUGAACCACCAAUUUCAAAUGCUUUAAUGGCUGCUUUGAAACGUGCUCAAGCUCAUCAAAGACGGGGAUGUCCAGAACAACAGCAACAGCCGCUUCUGGCUGUCAAAGUUGAAUUAGAACAGCUUAUUGUAUCGAUUCUUGAUGAUCCGAGCGUUAGUCGUGUUAUGCGUGAAGCUAGUUUUUCAAGUCCGGCUGUUAAGACUACAAUUGAACAGUCUUUGAAUUCAACUAAUUCAGUUGUGAAAUCGUCUUCUUCGAGUAUCGGUUCUGGAUUGGGUUUUCGACCUUCGCCCAUGGCAGCUGCAGCAAAUAGGAAUCUGUAUUUGAACCCUAGAUUACAGCAGCAGCAGCAACAACAAGGGAAUUCUGAUCAAUCUGGGCAACAGAGGAAAGAUGAGGUGAAGAAAGUUUUUGAUGUUCUUUUCAAGAGUAAGAAGAGGAACCCUGUUUUGGUUGGAGAUUCAGAACCAGAACCUGUUAUGAAAGAACUUCUGCAGAAAAUUGAUAACAAAGAAUUAGGCGGUGACGGGAUUCUUAGAAAUGUUCAGGUGAUUAGUUUGGAUAAAGAAUUCACUGCAGAUCGAACCCAGAUCUCUGCAAAAGUCAAAGAAUUAGGGGAUUCCAUUGAAACCAGAUUAAGUAGUACUAGUGGUUGCGGUGGUGUAAUUCUGAAUUUGGGAGAUUUAAAAUGGUUAGUUGAACAAAAUCAAGCUUCUGGAGGUGUCUUGGGUUCAAAUCCAAUGCAACAGCAACAGAUGGUUUCAGAAAUGGGGAAAACAGCUGUAGCAGAGAUGGGGAAAUUGUUGGAGAGAUUCGGAGAGGGUAGUAAUGGGAAAUUAUGGCUCAUCGGAACAGCUACCUGUGAAACUUAUUUGAGGUGUCAAGUUUAUCAUCCUACAAUGGAGAACGAUUGGGAUUUACAGGCAGUUCCGGUUGCUGCCAGAAACCCUCCUCCGGGCUUGUUUCCAGGGCUUGGGGGUAAUGGUUCACUUGAAUCUCGCUCUCCAAUGAAAGGUUUAUCAAUUGCAUCAAAUCCUUUAUUCAGACGUCCGUCUGAAAACAUGGAUCCUUCUAAAAGGACGACUACCUGCUGUCCGCUAUGUAAGGAGAAUUCUGAAAAAGAAGUAGCUAAACUAGCAGCGGAAUUAGAGAAAUCUUCUUCUGAUUCGAAACAAGAAUCUGCUCGACAACCCUUGCCGCAAUGGCUACAGAUUGCAAAGCCUCAGAAUGAUAAUAUCGAUUCGACAGACCAUUCAAAUCAGGCUAAGGAUCAACAGAUGAUCUUGAAACAGAAAACUGAAGAAAUACAAAAGAAAUGGAAUUUGGCUUGCUUGCGCCUUCACCCCAGCUUCCACCGUCCCAAUCCGAGCUCAGAAAGAAGCGGUGCAACUGCUAUGCCAAUGGCAAACUUAAACCUAUACAAGGCAAACCUACUUAAUCGCCAACAUCUCCCACCCACCUUACAAAUAAACAAAAACCUUGGAGGAACACUGCAAAUGAACCCAAGCCUCUCACUAACUCCACCUGGACGCCGGUCUUCUCCACCAAGAAGUCCCGUGAGAACAGAGCUUAUUCUCGGGAACUCAAAAUUACAAGAAAAUACACUUGACGAAACCCACAUGGAGCGCAUCAGGGAUCUCACAGGUUGCAUAUCUUCAGAGUUUGAGGCGAAAAAAGAUAAACUUGCCAAUAUAUUGGAUCCAGACUCGUUCAAGAGUCUUUUCAAGGGUUUGUUGGAAAAAGUAUGGUGGCAACAAGAUGCAGCCUCAGCAGUUGCUUCAUCUGUGGUCCAAUCCAAGUCAGGAGAUAGCAAACGCCGUGGGUUUGGGAUGAAAGGUGAGACAUGGUUAUUAUUCGCAGGUCCUGAUAGAAUUGGAAAAAAGAAGAUGGCAUCAACACUAGCGGAAUUAGUUCGCAGACAAAGUCCUGUUACAAUUCGCCUUGGUUCACGUUCGGAUGAGGAUGAAGAAUCAGAUAUGAGCUUUCGCGGGAAAACAACAUUAGAUCGAAUAGCAGAGGCAGUGAGGAAAAACCCUUUUGCAGUGGUCAUCCUCGAAGACAUUGAUCGUGCAGAUAUGCUUGUUCAUGGUAGCAUCAAGCGUGCAAUGGAUAGAGGUCGAUUGCCAGACUCGCAUGGACGAGAAGUCAGUCUAGGAAACGUCAUAUUCAUCUUGACUGCAGAUUGGUUACCUGAAAACGCCAGGAACUUCCCUAAAUCUGCACCGCUAAAUGAAGUUAAGCUUUCAUCAAUAGCCCAAUGUGGGUGGGAAUUAAAACUGUCAGGCGGAAAGACAGCCAAACGCAGACCUGAUUGGCUCCGUGAUGAAAUUAGAUCCACAAAACCGAGAAGCGACAUGGGUUCCUCACUCUCUUUCGAUCUUAAUGAAACAGCAGAUGCCGAAGAAGACAUGACAGACAGAUCCCGCAAUUCAAGUGGUGUUACAGUUGAACAAGAGCAAGAAUACAGCUUAGUGAACAAACUACAUGCUCCGGUUACAUCAUCUACACUCGAGUUAUUCAAGUCCGUGGACGAUGAAAUUAUAUUCAGUCCUAUCGACUUUGGUCUUAUUCGAAAUAGAGUGGCGGCAACAAUAUCCUCGAGAUUUUCUUCAAUCAUUGGAGAUAGAUGGUCGAUAACAGUGGAUGAAGAAGCACUUGAACAGAUUGUAGGUGGUGUGUGGUUUGGUCAGAGUGUUGGUUUGGAAGAAUGGAUAGACAGAAUUUUGACACCAAAUUUCCAUCAGCUGAAAACUACAAGCUUAGCUUCAGAUGAAAAUGUAGCUGUGAAGCUUGUUUUGGUGAAGAAAAGUUCAGAGAAAAGCAGAAUUCAUGGAGAUUGGUUACCAAGCAAGGUUACAGUAGCUAUAGAAGAAACGUAAAACAAGGGAUACAGUGGGUAGAUAUGUAAAUAUGGGUAAAAGACAGUUGGAAACGGUUAGGAGGAAGUUUAAUACUUAGACGGCGGGAGGCAACGGAGUUGGAGUCUUUUUCUUCUUUUUUGUUAUUCCUUUUUUUUAUAUAUUUAUUAUUAUUGAAUAUUAAAUUAAAUCGAUCAAAUAAGUUUGAGAGUUUAAAUACCUCAAUAUUUGUUUAUAUUGAUAUAAAAAAUUUCAUUUUCUAAAAUUUAUCCAAAAUAUGUUCCUUCU